AUGAAGACGGCACUCUCAAGAGAGGCUUAUGUGACAGGGACAGAAUUCGUGAGAUCUCAUAGCUACUCCGAGGCUGGGAAUAUGGAAAUGGCCGACACUCCAACAAAAGAUUUGAUGGAUGAGGCCGGAGAAUUUGCCGACAGAGGCGAGGAGAACGAGAGAGAAUUGCGACAGCCACAAGUGAGGAAAAACUGGCGGCCUUCUUGUAAUCUAUGGCUUUGCCGCGAUUCCGCUGUCGAGAGGGAUCAGAGGUCAACCACUUUCCCCAAAUCUCCUGAAUCCAUUUUCGGUAUCAUCCUUCCGGCCUUCUGCCCAUUCAGCGUCCGAGUUUACCGUGACGUGGACGGACAUGGAGAACAGUAUAUAAACUCCACUUGGAGAGUGGAAAAGAAGAGGAGGAGGAGGUUGGUGAAGGGUUCCGGACUUCGCUGCUGCUAUCAUCAGGCACCGGUCGUCCCUUUCGAGGUGUCGGAAAUCGUCCAACUGAAGAUGUCCUUAGAAUGUCCCACAAAAGACCUUGGGACAAGUCGUCCAGUUGGGAACAUCCCUGGGAUGUCACCUUGCUGUGUGGGUCGUACAUCCGUGCAUGGGAUGUUCCACAUGCUCGAGCGUCUGAGGCAAGUGAAAAUUGUCCAAGUAUGCUAUUCCAUUUCUUUCAUCAUAAACUUGGCUUUCUUAACUGGACUGCUGAAGAAUUUGGAAAUUCAAGAGUAUCGUGAGUUCAUCUCAGAGGAAGCUUUUGUCAAUGCCUCUGUCAGCUCUAUGCUCUGGAAUUUGGCAUUCAUCAUCACUUCAUCUCUUCUCAUUCAUGGAGUUCGCAAGGGGGAAAAAGGACUGCUGAUCCCGUGGCUGAGUAUGUCUCUCCUCUAUCUGGUUCUUGAAGCCCUUGGAGCUGUAAUUGGAGUAGUCAUUCUUGCUGCAUUCCAAGUCAACAUUGUCAUUCUCAUCAUUGUGAUCCUGGCCUGCAUCAUUAUAUAUUUCAUCGAGCUGUACUUCUUCAUUGUGGUCUACUCUCACUUCCAGGAACUUGGAAAUCAAUUACCAACUGGAGAAUAUGCUGUGACUCCCCCACCACCAUACAGUGAAGAAGGGAAAUACGGCUUCGACUUCCAACCCAUGGGAAUGGCUUGAAGUUCUUUCUUCCCAUUAGCCUGCCCUUUUCUUUUGUCUCUUCUUCCUUAUCAUACCAGAAAUUAAAAAGUAAAAAUUUUUUGGACAAUAUCUUAUUUUGUCCAUGUAUAAGUGUAGAGUCCAUGCUGUAGGACAGUUUAUAAUCUCAGCUUAAUUGCUAACCCAAAUUAUUCUUUGACAUGUGGCUAGGGGCCAUGGCUCAUUCAAUACCUGCCAUUUCUGUGUUAUGCUUUUUUUUUGUUUAUCCAUAUCCAUUAUCCAUACAUUCUUAUUUUUUAUUCUCUUUGUACCUGACAUUCAAUUGCAAUCCAAAAGCAGGUGCAAUGAGCAGAAUGUGAAAUCCCAUGCAAGAAUUUCAGGUUCUUUUUUUUCUCUCAUUUGUGAAUCUCUUCCAGUUAUAAGUUCAUAUUUAUUGCAAGAAGUUUACAAUUGUUACUUGAGAAAAGUUUAAGAACCUCUUAGAAGUGCAGAUGUAUUAUUGCACUCCUACCUUAGUGAACUCAAUUUUAUGCUGCUGUUGAUUGGCUACAUAACUUAUGUUGCACAUUUUACAUGUACUUGGGCUGCUGCCAUGUGUAAAAUGCUCAAAUUCCUGGUGAGGUUUCAAAAUGUGAAAACUAGUUAACUGCCUGACCAAGCAAAAUGAGGUUUGACACACAUGGAUACCCUCAAAUUGGUUAUUCCCAAAUUCUUUCCAUGUUUGUAUUUUGCACAAGUCAUUUUUUUUUGCAAUAGUCAUUAUUUUGAUGCACCCAUCAAUAUGAGCUGCAUGAGGGUCAAUUUGAGCAUAAAAUGUAAACAUCGUGCCUUUUCCUGUACAAUACACAUCUUGUUCUCAACUUUCAAAAUCAGGAUGAGAAGAAAAACUACCCACAGCCAUAUAUAAAAUACAACAUUCAAGGCUGUAAAUAAAACCAAUUACUACUCAUUUGUAACUGAAACCUCACUAGGACUCUCUGAACACAAUUAUUGAGAUUGUGUGCAGUAGGCAAGUGAGCAUUACCUCUGGAGAUGCUGUGAUUUGGUUUUGGAGUCUCUGGUUGUCACUAUAUUUACAUUCCAAGGGAUAAUACAUUUUCAUACAUGUUCAAGAAUCUAGAAUAAAUUCUCACUGUUAUAUAUAAUCAUGGUUGAUGGUAUCCAUUAAUCAAGCUCCACAGACCACUGCUUUCUACCUGCCAUUGUCAUGAUACUUUGUGGGUGCUUCCUUCUGUUUUCAUUGUGUUUUAUUCAAGUGUUUUCAUUGUAACCAGAGUGUUUGUUUUGUUUGUUCUUUUUCUAAGUUAUGAACCACAGGUAAAUGCAUAUGUGGUUCCACUGGAAUAAUAUUGUGCAAUGAUUAUACC